AACCAAUCAAACUCCUCCUGUCGUAGAACGCGCUCUCUGCGCUCAGUAUGCCGGAAAGCGAAAGAAGAACAUAUCUUGCCGCCAACCUACAAAGACGACACGUUAACAUUAGACAUACGUCUUGUUGAUAAAAAAAAUUAUUAGAACGUCACAUAAGAAUGAUCUCUUACAAAUCCUGGAACAUUGGUGUAAAUUAGCUCAUUUUGCUAAACCAUAAGCAUCUUGUGAACUAAAAGCAGGGAUAUGGAGGAGGUUCUUAAACUAGAAGGAGGUCACGGUGACGCCUUCAACAGUGAGAAGAAACUGCUUGCGGAAGAAGUACAGAGUGACGACAAGGACCAACCCAAGAAGGAAGAAGAUGAAAUCGUUCCAGAGACACAACUAGAAGAAGCUGCGUCAGUACCAGCCAAUGAAGUACACUCUGGAGCGGACGAGAGCCCCGAUCCACCUCUUAGGAAAAGGGGUCGGCCAAAGGGAUCAGGAUCCAAGAAACCCCAGCCUCAGUCGUUGAACGACGGAGACAAGAUGCCCAAGCGAGGCAGGGGCCGACCGAAAGGAUCGGGCUCCUUGAAGCAACCUGUCCAAGAGGUGCUGGCUGACACUGAGGAGGAGACUGCCGGCACAGAGGAGGAGACUGCCGGCACAGAGGAGGAGACUGCCGGCACAGAGGAGGAGACUGCCGGCACAGAGGAGGAGACUGCCGGCACAGAGGAGGAGACUGCCGGCACAGAGGAGGAGACUGCCGGCACCGAGGAGGUGACGCCCGGCGCCGAGGAGACGGCUGGCCGCGAAGAGGUGACGGAGGCAAACGUGUCUGACAACGCCCCCACGCAGUCCAAGAAGCGGAGAGGCAGGCCGAAAGGCUCCACGUCCAAGAAGCAGCAGCAGGUGGAGGAAGCGGAGGAAGCGGAAGAGGCGGAGGCGGAAGAGGCAGCUGCGGCCAGUGAAGAAGAAUCGGGAGCGGACAGGUCAAACAAAUGCGCUGACACACCCAAAAGGGGGAGGGGUGCCGCAAAAGGCUCCAAGAAAUCUCAAGUACAGGAAGAGGCGGCUGCCAGUUGUGAGGAGUCGGGGGCAGACGUGUCGAAUGAAACUCCUAGCGUGCCCAAGAGAGGGAGGGGGAGACCCAAGAAAUCUCAAGUUGUGAGUGGAGAAGAGUCCGGGACAGACAUGGUAAACAACAGCUCCAAACCACCGACAAGGGGACGAGGGAGGCCCAAGGGGUCGUUCAAGAAGCAAAAGGUUGAACAAGAUGUCACCGACAGUAGUGCGGAGGAAAUUGGCGCAGAUGAAUCUCCACCCCCUAAAAAAGGACGAGGGAGGCCCAAGGGGUCCUUUUCCAAGAAGCGAAAGGUGAAACAAGAUGUCACCGACAGUAGUGAGGAGGAAAUGAGUGCUGAUGAAUCUCCACCCCCUAAAAAAGGACGAGGGAGGCCCAAGGGGUCCUUUUCCAAGAAGCGAAAGGUGAAACAAGAUGUCACCGACAGUAGUGAGGAGGAAAUGAGUGCUGAUGAAUCUCCACCCCCUAAAAAAGGACGAGGGAGACCUAAAGGAUCCGGGUCUAAGAAGCCCCCGGGGCUGAAGGUCCACGGCACGGUGCCAAGCAAACGAGGCAGGCCGCGCAAAGUGGUUGACCACCCUCCCAGCAGGGUGCGGACGCUCAAGAGCCGAAGCCAGGCCCAGAAGAAGCAGGGCCAAGCCAAGAAGGAUGCCAGUCCACCGAGGAGAGGGAGGCCCAGGAAGAACCCCACGCUGCCCAGGCAGGAGGAGAAAGGGCCGAAGGUGUGGAAGCCACUCGGACGCCCGCGCAAGUACCCCAGAGUCGAUCCCCCGCCCACAGCUCAGCCCAGACCGAGGGGACGCCCCAAAAAGACGGAGUCAAAGAAAUUUGCUCACUUGCGCAGCUUCCUUGUCGGCACCCUAGACUCCAGUAACGGGUCUCCACGGAAACGCGGUCGGCCCUUGGGUUCUUUCAAAGACAAAAAAAAAACUACCGCCGUUCCCUCAAAUGCCGCUAGGUCGGAGCCACGCAAGCGAGGCCGACCGCCAAGUUCUGGCAAGCUCAAGAAGACUGAGACGGAGGAGGCAGACACUGACGUUGCACCUUCAACCAAACACAGUCGCUUCUCCAACGGGAAAACCGACUCUCCAACCAAGGCAGCUCCGCAGACUAAAGGAAGGAGCAGUAGGAAAAAGGCGGAGGCUAAGAAAGCUGAAGUUUCGAACGAGGUGAAGGAGGAGGAGGAGGUGAAGGAGGAGGAGGAGCAGCAGCCUGUGGAUGCAGAGAAGGAAGGAGAGCCGGAAGAUAUCGCCCCAGUGGUUGCCAGUAUUGAAGAGGCAGUGGAGAAAGAUGAUGGAAAGGGCUUCCCUCCAAUUGAAGAAAGUGAGAUGGUAUGAGGUGUUGCAGUUGCAGCUAUGGAUUAAGGAUUAGGAUAUCUUGGGUGGUGGGGAGAUGACUUCAGCCAAAAAAGUUGCCUCAAAAAAGGAACUUAAAACAUAAACCCUGAAAAAAGGAUGUUUGUUCACAUUUUCUCAAUGGGAUAUCUCUCCUUAUGUUUUGCUGACUGUCUUGUGAUGUAUUUUCUUUUGAUAAUUGCCUAUAACGACAUACCCAUAGUAGUCAUUACUUUUGAGUUGUCUUUGGUUAACAAGAUGACAUUCUCAAAUCCUUGUGUUUUCUUGACUAACUGGUUAAUGUUUUUUUCUUUUUGUGUUUGUCUAUAAUACAUUUUUCAUGGUUGUUUUUAUUUGUUAUUUUUUACUAAUAUGAAGUUGUUCCCACAGACACUUUUUAAACUUGCAAACUGUUCACGUUUAACUUUGUUAAUAAAAUGUAGUCUAUGACUGAAACUCAUGCUUCUGAAUGCCCAUACCAUUGAUCUUCCAUUAGCAUACUUUUUUUUCUUACCAUGUUUGGAAGGCGCAGGAAUGUAUAAAUCAUCUAUGAAAUAAGAUGAACAAGUGUCAGACUGUAUUUAAAGUGCUAUUUUUGUAAAAACAAAUUUUCAUAAAUAUUUCCCUGAAUUUCAGUUAUUUCCUUAGUUACAGAGGAUGUAUCUUGUUUUGUUUGCCUUAAUUUUCAAAGCUUUGAAUGUAUAGCAAAUUAGCGUUUCUCUUCCCUAUACAUCUAGGCCCAGUUUCCCAUACAUGGAUUAUGCCUUUUCCUAGACUAAAAACGUUUUCAAUGGAUAUCUUCACGGAAAUGUUCUCUCAUUUUAAGACUUAAAUUAAAUCCAUGUCUGGGAAGCAGCCAUAGUGUCUUUUGUGUAGAACUCUCCCUAAGAAGUACAAUGUAUCUUUUGAGUUUUCUUCAGUCAAAAGUCACAUUAUAACAUCAUUAUAUCCUUUUAUCUCGGGUUUUUGUGUAUAAAAAAAAAAACGUUAUAUUUGUUCCCUAACUGUUCUUCAUUGUACCGUUGUCACAUGUCUUUUGGUGGUUUAGUUUCACAGACCUUGGCUGUUUUGUCGUGUGUGUGAAGAUGGCUUGUUACAUGGGUUUCUCAUGUUUCAAUGAUAUCAUUAGUCAUACUUUUGAACUCGUUAGUAUUACUGUAUGUGAUGUCAUACAAUGUAAUUAAUGCUUUGUAGCCCCCUGUGACGCAAACACAUACACAAUUUUGACGAUAUUAAAUACGUUUUUUGCUAUGUUUUCUGAGCAAGAGACGAUAUUGUUGAGAUUACGGUGUCAAAAUAAAAGUCGGCAUUUUGA